ACCAGGCUUCCCUCCCUCUUUGUUCGCCUUGUCUCCUCGAUAGAGGAGUGACUGAUUGAUUGCCUAAAUUAGCGGGCACACCCGUCAAUGUUAGUUGGCUUAUGUGGAGGUAUCUGCUCUGGCAAGCAUGCCAUCGCAGACUAUCUCAUUCAUCAUCAAGGUUUCAGGCUGCUUGAGUUGAAAAGUAGAACCGUCUCGCAGGCAGCCGAUGAUGCUGAGGCUAAUGUCCAGCUGAAAACGCCCGACACUAAGGCGGGGUCACAUAUUCCGCCGUCACAGGUAUUCGAAAGUGUAGACUCACUGCUUGAAUUUGCCACCAAAAAUUGGCAAGAGUUAUGGGUCACGGCAGACAUUUGGGAGGCUUCCACUCUGGACCACUUUCUCCAGCGGCCCUUUUUCCUUCUGGUGAGCGUCGAUGCGCCGGUAAGCCUUCGAUGGGAACGGUUUGUGGCUAGGUGCCGAAGGAGACAACUUGAGCCUCCUGCUCUUGAACAGUUUGUCAUUUGGAACGACCAACAUUUAUACAAAAAAGAUGUUGGGCAUGCUUAUCUGACAGAUCGAGCCCAGGUUCGGCUAUUCAAUUCCUCUUCUUCUCUCGAGGAGCUCCAUGCUGCUCUCAAAGCUCUUAACCUAGCCGAUGACCAACGCUUGCGGCCGAGUUGGGACCAAUAUUUCAUGCAGCUAGCAUCUCUUGCUGCACAGCGGAGUAAUUGUAUGAAGAGAAGAGUAGGCUGUGUCCUUGUCCGUGACCACCGUGUCAUAAGCACGGGAUAUAAUGGGACUCCGCGGCAUAUCACAAAUUGCAACGAAGGAGGAUGUCCUAGAUGCAACCGUGGCGAGGGCGGGGGUGUUGGGUUAUCAACCUGCCUCUGCCUCCACGCAGAGGAAAACGCGCUCUUAGAGGCAGGAAGAGAGCGUAUACGUGAGGGUGCAGUACUUUAUUGCGAUACUUGCCCCUGCUUAACGUGUACAGUCAAGAUCACUCAGGUUGGAAUCUCUGAGGUUGUCUACUCACAAGGAUACAACAUGGAUCAAGAUAGUGCUGCAAUUCUUAGAGCCGCCGGGAUACGUCUUCGGCAAUUCUCCCCUCCUCAGAACGGACUCAUCCAUUUGGAUUAAAUUGCAAGGCGCGUUUAAAGGGUGUAACCUAGCAUAUCUACCACCUGUGAUAUUUGCAGUCAUCGCAGUCAAUAUCUUAACUAUAUAGGCUUUCCUCAAGAAACCAAUUCC